AUGUUGUUUAGGUACUUGCGAAAACCCAUCCCACAGGAUCUACUGACUUCGCCAGACGCAUUGCGCUACUUUGAGUAUGGCAUGUAUUGGAUGGGAUGGUUGGCUCCUGCAAAGAACAAGUUGUUGUACCACAUAAUAGCUGGCAUACUUAUGGCCUGGUGCCCUGCCUAUCUGCCCAUUGGAAUUAUCAUUACUUGUGUUAAGGACAUCAAUACCUUCAAUCCCAGCGAACUCCUAACUGUUCUGCAGCUCUUUUUCAACUCGUUCGGUACACCCAUUAAGGUCUUGUUCUGUAAGAUGCAUUUUUGGCGAUUUCUUAAAGCCCGUAGUCUGCUGGGCGAAAUGGACAAACGAUGCACUGAUAUUGGGGAACGCAUUGUGGUCCAUCGAUGGGUGGUUCGCUGCAAUGGGGCUUACCUCAUCUAUCAGUGCUUUUAUAUAUCCUACAUUUUAUUCACAUUCCUAUCGGCCGCCAUUUCGGAAGUGCCGCCGUGGCGCAUCUACAAUCCAUUUGUCGAUUGGCGCGAAAGUAGACAAAACUUCUGGAAGGCAAUCCUCAAUGAGAUGCUUCUCAUGAUGUUUUCCGUCUCACAAGCUCUUUUGACCGACUUUUAUCCGCUUAUCUAUGGACUUAUGUUGAGAGCCCAUAUCCAACUACUAAAGCAAAGGGUCGAAAAAUUGUGCUCGAAUCCCGAAAAAAACGAUGAAGAAAAUCAGGAAGAUUUGGUUGAAUGUAUCAAAGAUCACCAAUUGAUACAAGAAUUUGCCAAGUUGAUACAUCCAAUCAUCGCCCGCACUAUCUUCACACAAUUCCUUCUAAUUGGCGUUUCUUUGGGCUUGUCCAUAAUAAAUGUGGUUUUCUUUGCAGACUUUUGGGCUGGUUUGGCUACAGUUGUUUAUAUCAAUGGACUGAUAAUCCAAACGUUUCCGUUCUGUUUUGUAUGUGAUCUCAUUAAGUCGGACUGUGCUCAUUUCGAGAUGGCCAUAUUUCACUCCAAUUGGCUGAACACCAGCCGGAAAUAUAAACUUUCGCUGAUUUUCUUCUUGCAGAACUGCCAAAACCCGAUUGCUUUUACAGCUGGCUCAGUUUUCCCGAUAUCCACCAGUUCAAAUAUUCAGGUGGCUAAGUUGGCUUUUUCUGUGGUUACUUUUGUGAACCAUCUAAACAUUACUGAACGAUUAGCAAAAAAUUAG